UGUGUCUCCACAGCUCCCUUUUCCCAAAGAAAAGAAGAGGAGAUCUCGGUCCAGGGAGGAGGGCCGCCGCCAUUAUCGGGGAAAGCUGACAGAAUCGCCACUUCCAGAGGCGCUAUCGUGUGGUAAAGAGAGUGGGACACGGAGGUUUUCUGCUCACAUUUGGAAGGAAACGGCACGGAGUGCGCAAAGGAGCGGACUGUUGUCUGGCGUGCGCGGCUGGCCCAGCGUUAUUAUGUCGGCACAACAAUGGACAGAAUAAUUAUUGCAAAAGCAACGUGGUAACCACAGAGGAAGACGACUUUCCUCAAAUUAAACGCCCGAUUUUCGCCUGAGACAAAGCCCUGAAAGCGCAUAUCCCGGAUCGGGCUAUUGUUCGUCUUUGUUUUCUUUUUUUUUUAUGUUUUUUUUUAAAAUUCCUUUCCCUCCGAUGUUUAAUUUGAACCAAAACUGUCUUAAACACGGGGAACCGGACGGAGGGGAUUUAAUUCCGAUUCGCUGGAUUGGUCCUGAUCGCGGGGGGAUCUGGUAAAAGUUCCGACCCAUGCUGGAUUCUGCGGCGUUUGCUUGUGCACAUCAGGCGGCGGCGAGGGCUGCGGCAAACGCUGGCCCUGACAGAUGCGAGAGGAGAAAGGCAAUGCGAUGGAUCUAAUUCUUCAAAGGAAUGAGUGAAAGGACCUAACGCUCCUGUUGUCUUUUUUAACUGAAGCCAAGCAGAAGACAGAGCCAUCAGAUCUCCUGUGUUGAUCAGCCACUUUAUGGACAAACAUCUACUCCUUUAUACAGUGCCUGUUUGUGGCAGGAUGUGCCUCAGAAGGUUAUGAUGGCGAAAAAGCAAGAUGCUCGAUCGCCCAUUUACAACCUUGUUGUGGUGGGUUUGUCAGGAACAGAGAAGGAAAAGGGGCAGUGUGGGGUUGGCAAAUCCUGUCUGUGUAAUAGGUUUGUCCGGCCGAGUGCAGAUGAUUUCUACCUGGACCACACGUCGGUGCUGAGCACCAGUGACUUUGGAGGCAGAGUGGUUAAUAAUGACCACUUUCUGUUUUGGGGGGAAGUUUCCCGUGUCCUGGAGGAAGGGCCCGAGUGCAGGAUGCAUGUUGUGGAACAAACUGAGUUUAUUGAUGACCAGACAUUUCAGCCUCACCGUAGCACUGCUAUGCAGCCCUAUAUCAAACGAGCAGCUGCAACCAAGCUGGCUUCAGCAGAGAAGCUCAUGUACUUCUGUACAGACCAGCUGGGGCUGGAGCAGGACUUUGAGCAGAAGCAAAUGCCAGAAGGCAAGUUGCAGGUCGAUGGCUUCCUGCUUUGUGUUGACGUGAGCCGGGGCAUGAACCGUAACUUUGACGAUCAGCUGAAAUUUGUCACAAAUCUGUAUGGUCAACUUAGCAAAACUAAGAAGCCGAUCGUCCUGGUCCUUACCAAAUGUGAUGAAGGAGUGGAACGCUACAUCAAAGAUGCACACACCUUUGCUAUCACGAAGAAAAGUCUGCCGGUAGUUGAGACAUCUGCUCGCUCAAACAUAAAUGUUGACCUCGCCUUCCUCACUUUGGCUCAGCUCAUUGAUAAAAGCAGGGGAAAGCCGAAGAUCAUUCCCUAUUUCGAAGCCUUGAAGCUCCAGAGUCAGCAGAUAGCUUCCGCCAAGGAUCGCUAUGAAUGGUUAAUUAACCGUAUUGUAAAAAAUCACAAUGAAAGCUGGUUAAAUACAAGUCGGCGUAUGAACAAUUCCCCAGAGUACAAGGAAUAUGUCUUUUUGGAGGGAACAGCUAAGUGCAAAAAGCUUUUUCAGCAGCAUGUGUACCGUCUGAAGCAGGAGCACAUUGAGAGGCGUCGCAAAAUAUACUUGAGCACUCUUCCCCUAGCACUUAGUUCUUUGGUGCCAGAUCUAGAUGAGAUAGAUCAACUAAGCUGGUCUGGGGUGCAAAAAGUGUUGGAGUCAAAACAACACUUUGCCCACUGGUUUGUUGUUUUGGAAGAUUCGCCGUGGGAGGACACGUCUCACAUCGACAACAUGGAAGAUGAGCGGAUCCCCUCAGACCUACUGGAAACCGCCGAAGCAGAGGAUAUAUUCAAUUCCCACCUGGAACAUUUGCGAAAUGAGUGCAGGCGGGCAGAGAUAAGGCAAGAGUUCAAACAGAAAUUAUCCUCCUCACCCUUUGUCACUCCGGGUAAGCCCUGGGAGGAGGCUCGCAGUUUUAUCAUGAACGAAGAGUUCUAUCAAUGGCUUGAGGAGACCGAGUAUUUAGACCUUUACAAUCGCCAUCAGAAAGACAUCAUUGACCGAGCUAAAGAAGACUUCCAAGAACUUUUGCUCGAAUACUCUGAGCUUUUUUAUGAACUUGAAGUGGAUGCCAAGCCAAGUAAGGAGAAAAUGGGUGCAAUUCAGGAGGUUUUGGGGGAGGAACAGAGAUUCAAGGCGCUACAGAAGCUUCCUGCUGAAAGAGAUGCCCUCGUGUUGAAGCAUAUCCACUUUGUCUAUCAUCCCACCAAGGAAACGUGCCCCAGCAGUCCUCACUGUGGAGACUCCAAGAUCGAGCAGCUUCUCGCCACACGUUUCCCCACGUGUUAUCCCUUUUUUGAUGUUAAAGCUCACAUUGGGGACACUAAGGCUGACAGAAUUAACCUCGUCAUACUUGGAAAAGAUGGACUGGCGAGAGAAUUUGCCAAUGAGAUUAGGACCCUCUGCACAAACGAUGACUGGUAUGUUUUAGAUGGAAAGAUGUACGAGUUGACACUUCGCCCUAUCGAGGGAAACGUCCGUCUUCCGGUUAAUUCUUUUCACACCCCUACUUUCACCCCUCAUGGAUGUCUAUGUCUGUAUAACUCAAAAGAGUCCCUGUCUUAUGUUGUCGAAAGCCUUGAGCGUCUCAGGGAAUCGACUCUUGGUCGAAGGGACAGCCAACUGGCGCAGUUGCCAACGUUUCUUCUUUUGGUCACCAAAAGAGGUGUAGGAUCAUAUGUAGACAUUGGUGGAGAUACUGCCUUAAACCUAAUCACACAGGGACAGCAGUGUGCAAGGAGACUGCAAUGUAGCUUUUUAGACCCAGCCUCCCCUGGAAUGGGCUACGGUCAUAACAUCAAUGAGAACCAAAUUAACCAGGUGCUGAGGGGCCUUCUGGAUAUUAGGAGGAGCACAACCUUUAGUAGCAGUUCCCCACCUCUCCUCACUGAGCCUCCAGGUGUCAGAGACCCUUCACAUCACCCAGCCCAAGAGCCUGACCUUCGCAUUGUCAUGUGCAUAAUGUGUGGAGAUCCCUAUGACAAUGAACAACUCCUUUCCCCCUUCCUAACGCAUCAGCACUGCAGGCCAAUGUCAAAUAGUGGCACCUCUGUCUUGCUGGAGCAGACAGUUGGUGGACAUAAGUUGGCUAUAGAGCUUUCUCUACUUUCAUACCAUGCUUCCUUUAGUCUGAGAAAGAGCAGGUUAGUGCAUGGCUAUAUUGCUGUGUACUCUGUCUGCAGGAAGGCCUCACUAGAGACGCUGUGUGCAUUUUUGUGUGAGGUUCAAGACAUCAUCCCCAUUCAGCUGUUGGCUGUAGGAGACAGUCAGGCAGAGCUCAGUGACAGUGACUAUGCAUGUGAACAGCUCAUUCAAGGGGAGGAGUUGGCUCACGAGAUUGAGGCGCGCUUCAAUACCCUGAUUUGUGGAUCUGGUGGAGUGGUUGGAGGCCUGCACAGGAUAGAGAUGUUCCAUCCAUUUUUCACUGAAGUUAUGGAGAAGCGGAACAUUGUUGAGGCCACACACAUGUAUGAUAACGUUGCUGAAGCGUGCACCUAUGAAAAUGUCUACUCCCCACGCUGCAGUUCUCCAAGCCCUGUCACCAUGUUCAUGGACUCAGAGGAUGAUGUUGAUCCCUCUCCCCCAUACUAUGAUGGAACACUUUCUUCCCAUGGCGGGGGAUACAACUUGCCUGACUUGGAUUCAAGUGACAUCUCUGUCAUCUCUGAUAUUAGGGACUUUGAGAACAAGCUCAAUAACAAAAUGCCCCCUCAAGUGAGAACCAAACCAGGGGUCACCUUUGACUUCCGGAAGGUGAGCCGAAGCCCAUACAUUGAUACACUAGGUCAUCGUCGCUCUCUCCCCUCUGCUGUUACAUGGGUGCCUGGUGGGGAUGUUGGUUAUGAUCCUUCAGACUAUGCUGAACCCAUCGAUGCUGUUUGCAAACCUCGUCCCAGCAACGAAGAGAUCAUCUACUCAGUUCCACAUGACAGCACUCAAGGCAAAAUCAUUACCAUACGCAACUCCAACAGGAUGCACUCUAACGGAAAUGGCUCAGAUAGUGAAGCAGACAACAGCUCUCUGGAGCGCCGAAGGAAGUUUUCUGCUAUUGGAGUAAAGCCUCGCCUGUACCGGGAUCGCUCCAAGCGCCUUGGCAAGUUCAGCAGCUUCCGUACGAGCUUCAUAGGUAGCGAUGAUGAGAUGGGAGCUCUUCCGAAGUGCAAAGAAGAUGACUUUGGGACCUUGAAAAGUGACAGUCUUGUAAAUGAGGAGAGUGAGGACCCAAAGAAGAGGAACAUUCUGAAGAGCCUCAGACGAACAGCCAAGAAAACAAGACCAAAACCCCGCCCUGCUAUUCCUAAGCCCAUUGAAAGCUGUUACUUUGGAGUCCCUCUGGCAAAUGUGGUGUCCCCAGACAGACCUAUCCCACUCUUCAUCGAGAAGUGUGUCAGGUUCAUUGAGACAACCGGCCUGAACACAGAGGGUUUGUACCGCGUAAGCGGCAACAAGUCAGAGAUGGAAAGCAUGCAAAGGCAGUUUGAACAGGACCACGGAUUAGACCUGGUGGAGAAAGAUUUCUCCAUAAACACUGUGGCUGGAGCUCUGAAGAGCUUCUGCUCAGAGCUGCCUGAGCCCCUGGUGCCUUGUGCUCUGCAGGUGGAGCUCCUGGACGCUUUCAAAAUCAAUGACCGCGAACAGAGGCUGUAUACCAUGAAGGAUGUCCUGAGGAAGUUCCCCAAGGAGAAUUACGAUCUCUUCAGAUAUGUAGUGAGCCACUUAAACAAGGUGAGCCAGCUGAGUAGGCUGAACUUGAUGACCAGUGAAAACUUGUCCAUCUGUUUUUGGCCCACCCUCAUGAGGCCGGACUUCACCACCAUGGACGCUCUGACUGCCACCCGCACCUACCAGACAAUCAUCGAGACCUUCAUCCACCAGUGUGCUUUCUUCUUCUACAACCAGCCCCUCAUCGACUCCCCCACCGGGCUGGGAGGCCUCCCCGCCUCUCCCACCACCACGCUCAGCGGUGGCUCUGCCUACUCGUGUUACCGCUCCUCUCCUCCCCACACGGCUGCACACUUCAGCCCCCUGCAGCAGUCUCCCACCACCACCCCGCAGUCCCCCCUGCAGUCCCUGCUCCCCCCCCUGCACCAGCACCCCCACUCCCACCACUCCCCCGCUGAACAGGAGACACUGUGAGAGACAAUAAAACACGAGGAUGCUGGUCCUUAUCACAGAGGAAGAAAUUCAUGCCUUCACGAUGGACAACUUCAGACUGAACUCUAAACUGCUGUUUGUAUUCAUACGUAUCUGGAACGGAAGCAUCAUCCAAUUGGCUGAUGGGAUCAAAAGUGGGAGACGGGAAUCACUGUUUGUCUGUAAACCGCAAGCUGGAAGAGUUGAUUUGUCGCACCACAUUUCUAUCAUGUAGAACUUGUUGUUUUUCUUUAUGAAAGUACUGCCACUGGAUUGAUGGAUCUGUCCUCAGUAGGUCCUUUAGGCAGCAGCUUGCUCCACAGUAGCAGAGGUUCCUCUCAGUCCACCUUUUUGGAUUUCCUCCUGCUGGCUCCACUUGGAGUCGGUGUGAGGAGGGCCGGAAAGGCGGGCGGUGGUAACACAUCCAGGGAUGCACUUUACUGAUCACUGUUGAUUUUUUCUCUCUGAAGGCUUUUUUUCAGCAUACUGUUCUUCUUUUCUUUCAUUGGGAGUUUUUAACUUCACCGCUCAAACAGCCAUACCCAUUGCCUCGACAGAGCUCUGGUCGAUCAAAUUAUGUUUACAUCUUUUUUUUUCUUUCUUUCUAUCUGCAAACCAUUCUGAAGCACUUUCGGAUAGUGUAAUGUUAAAAAUGAAGAAAUGCCACAAUGAUUAAUGGUCCAUAUUGCUUUUUUUUAGUGCUUGAAUGUGGCAACAAAGCAGCCUUGUAAAGCAAGAUCCUUUUUGUAAAAAACAGUCUUUUAAUUUGAAGCAGGCGGUCCAUUAUAGGCUAAUGGGAAACCUGAUUCUGCUUAUGUUUUUCAUACAUCAAGCCAAGAAAAAGGAAAAAUAAGAAAAGAACAAGAAAUAUACAAAAAAAAGUUUGUCUUUUUAGCCGUUUGUUGAUCAGAGUGGAUGUUUAGGGACUUUUAAUUAGGCCAUUGUAUCGUCAGAGAAAACUUUGCCUGCCUGCCAUCAGUAAAGGAGAAACCUUUUGAAUGUGUAACUAAGUCAUACCUUAAUGAAUUUACAUAACCAUCCAGAAACCAUGGAAACCAAACGCUUGAAACCUGAUAGGUCAGUGGAUGUGUUGCUGUGGCUGUCUAUCAGACUGAGCUCUUUGUAUUCAUGUAAUAUUAAGAACCUUUAACUCUGAAAGUUUUGUCCUCUCCGUGUGUUGUUACCGCUGGAGCUGCUAUCCGAUACGUUAACGAACAGAAGUAAAAUUUUUGCGGAAACGCGUUCAGGAUGCACCACUGGCUGCUUACAAGCUUUCGUUUAUUCCGUCUGUGCUGGUAAAUUAGUUUCCCUUUUCAAGAAGCAGCACUUUUUUUGUGGCAGCACUACUAAUGAAGGCCUGUUUCACUUCCAGGAGGAAGUAAUGUUCUUUUAAUGACUGAAAAAAAAUAUGGACAAAUAUGUUUACAAGGUCUGGAUUGUGACUUUUGUGGUUUUUAACAACAAAUGGGUUGUAUUGGAAUUUGGGAUCACCGGUUACUGGUACCCUUGGAAUGGGAUCCUGUUGAGACUGAAAAAAUAAAGGCCCUUUAAAGCCGCUCCACAUUAGAAGUCGUAACUGAAAGGCUGUUGCCGAAUCCGCACAAGCAGCUGCUCUACUCCCACACGAUACCAGGGAGCACACCUACUGCAGCACCUGUGACAAGCCCUCUGUAAUGGUUAUCUGUAUAUUGGGAACGCCACCCUUUAGUCGAUGGUAGAAAACGUUUCUAAUGUGUAUUUCAAUGACUGAAAGUCCAUUUUUACAAUUUUUGUGAAUGGUUUAAGGCCAUUUGAGUUUAGUGCAUGAUUAAAAUGAAAAAAAAGUUUAAAAAAAUAAAAAAGAAACACUUGAAGGGAGGAUUAGAGCCCCUUACUGUUUUUAAUUGAUGAAACUAGUACAAGAACAGACAAAUAAUAAUGAGACAUAGCAAAACACGUGAAAGAUUCUGUACUGUGCACCAGGAGGAAACCAUGCCUGACUGAGAAUAGUGUUUGAAGAUGAAGGCCUUAUGUGAACUGUACAUUAGUUAAUAAAUUACAUCUUGUAAAAUUGUCCAGUUUUA